AUGCACCUGCAUGGGGAGUUGUCAGGUAAAUAUGUUGUCAGGUAAAGAUGCUGUCAGGUAAAGAUGCUGUCAGGUAAAGAUGUUGUCAGGUAAAGAUGUUGUCAGGUAAAGAUGUUGUCAGGUAAAGAUGUUGUCAGGUAAAGAUGUUGUCAGGUAAAGAUGCUGUCAGGUAAAGAUGCUGUCAGGUAAAGAUGUUGUCAGGUAAAGAUGUUGUCAGGUAAAGAUGUUGUCAGGGAAAGAUGUUGUCAGGUAAAGAUGUUGUCAGGUAAAGAUGCUGUCAGGUAAAGAUGUUGUCAGGUAGAGAUGCUGUCAGGUAAAGAUGUUGUCAGGUAAAGAUGCUGUCAGGUAAAGAUGCUGUCAGGUAAAGAUGCUGUCAGGUAAAGAUGCUGUCAGGUAAAGAUGCUGUCAGGUAGAGAUGUUGUCAGGUAAAGAUGCUGUCAGGUAAAGAUGCUGUCAGGUAGAGAUGUUGUCAGGUAGAGAUGUUGUCAGGUAGAGAUGUUGUCAGGUAGAGAUGUUGUCAGGUAAAGAUGUUGUCAGGUAAAGAUGUUGUCAGGUAAAGAUGUUGUCAGGUAGAGAUGUUGUCAGGUAGAGAUGUUGUCAGGUAAAGAUGUUGUCAGGUAAAGAUGUUGUCAGGUAAAGAUGCUGUCAGGUAAAGAUGCUGUCAGGUAGAGAUGUUGUCAGGUAGAGAUGUUGUCAGGUAGAGAUGUUGUCAGGUAAAGAUGUUGUCAGGUAGAGAUGUUGUCAGGUAGAGAUGUUGUCAGGUAAAGAUGUUGUCAGGUAAAGAUGUUGUCAGGUAAAGAUGUUGUCAGGUAAAGAUGUUGUCAGGUAAAGAUGUUGUCAGGUAAAGAUGUUGUCAGGUAAAGAUGUUGUCAGGUAAGAUGCUGUCAGGUAAAGAUGUUGUCAGGUAAAGAUGUUGUCAGGUAAAGAUGUUGUCAGGUAAAGAUGUUGUCAGGUAAAGAUGUUGUCAGGUAAAGAUGCUGUCAGGUAAAGAUGCUGUCAGGUAAAGAUGCUGUCAGGUAAAGAUGUUGUCAGGUAAAGAUGUUGUCAGGUAAAGAUGUUGUCAGGUAAAGAUGUUGUCAGGUAAAGAUGCUGUCAGGUAAAGAUGUUGUCAGGUAAAGAUGUUGUCAGGUAAAGAUGUUGUCAGGUAGAGAUGUUGUCAGGUAGAGAUGUCAGGUAAAGAUGCUGUCAGGUAAAGAUGUUGUCAGGUAAAGAUGUUGUCAGGUAAAGAUGUUGUCAGGUAAAGAUGUUGUCAGGUAAAGAUGUUGUCAGGUAGAGAUGCUGCUGCCGUGUACAGUGUUAUGAAGAAAACCCUCUAAAGGAUCACCUUAUCAAUGACAUUAUUUCAACCUGAUGCAUCAGAAGAUGGCUCAGUAAAGUGUUUUCAAUGUGGUCAUCAGGUCAGAUUCACAGCCCGACUAUUAGACUGUAAACUGACUGUAUCCACUCCAUGUAGCUACAGGAGGCCCUAGCAGACCUUCCCUACUGACUGUAUCCACUCCAUAUAGCUACAGGAGGCCCUAGCAGACCUUCCCUACUGACUGUAUCCACUCCAUGUAGUUACAGGAGGCCCUAGCAGACCUUCCCUACUGACUGUAUCCACUCCAUGUAGCUACAGGAGGCCCUAGCAGACCUUCCCUACUGACUGUAUCCACUCCAUGUAGCUACAGGAGGCCCUAGCAGACCUUCCCUACUGACUGUAUCCACUCCAUGUAGUUACAGGAGGCCCUAGCAGACCUUCCCUACUGACUGUAUCCACUCCAUGUAGCUACAGGAGGCCCUAGCAGACCUUCCCUACUGACUGUAUCCACUCCAUGUAGCUACAGGAGGCCCUAGCAGACCUUCCCUACUGACUGUAUCCACUCCAUGUAGCUACAGGAGGCCCUAGCAGACCUUCCCUACUGACUGUAUCCACUCCAUGUAGCUACAGGAGGCCCUAGCAGACCUUCCCUACUGACUGUAUCCACUCCAUGUAGUUACAGGAGGCCCUAGCAGACCUUCCCUACUGACUGUAUCCACUCCAUGUAGUUACAGGAGGCCCUAGCAGACCUUCCCUACUGACUGUAUCCACGCCAUGUAGUUACAGGAGGCCCUAGCAGACCUUCCCUACUGACUGUAUCCACUCCAUGUAGCUACAGGAGGCCCUAGCAGACCUUCCCUACUGACUGUAUCCACUCCAUGUAGCUACAGGAGGCCCUAGCAGACCUUCCCUACUGACUGUAUCCACUCCAUGUAGCUACAGGAGGCCCUAGCAGACCUUCCCUACUGACUGUAUCCACUCCAUGUAGCUACAGCAGGCCCUAGCAGACCUUCCCUACUGACUGUAUCCACUCCAUGUAGCUACAGCAGGCCCUAGCAGACCUUCCCUACUGACUGUAUCCACUCCAUGUAGUUACAGGAGGCCCUAAUCAGGCCUACUACUGUUGUGUCGUCUGCAAACUUGAUGAUUGAGUUGGAGGCUUGCGUGGCCACGCAGUCAUGGGUGAACAGGGAGUACAGGAGGGGGCUGAGCACGCACCCUUGUGGGGCCCCUGUGUUGAGGAUCAGCGCAGUGGCAGUGUUGUUGCCAACCUUCACCACCUGGGGGGCAGCCCGUCAGGAAGUCCAGGACUCAGUUGCACAGGGUGGGGUUCAGACCCAGGGCCUCGAGCUUAAUGAUGAGCUUGGAGGGUACUAUGGUGUUGAAUGCUGAGCUAUAGUCAAUGAACAGCAUUCUUACGUAGGUAUUCCUCUUGUCCAGAUGGGAUAGGGCAGUGGGCAGUGUGAUGGCGAUUGCAUCGUCUGUGGAUCUAUUGGGGCGGUAAGCAAAUUGAAGUGGGUCUAGGGUGUCAGGUAAGGUAGAGGUGAUAUGAUCCUUAACUAGCCUCUCAAAGCACUUCAUGAUGACAGAAGUGAGUGCUACGGGGCGAUAGUCAUUUACUUCAGUUACCUUUGCUUUUGUGGGUACAGCAACAAUGGUGGACAUUUUGAAGCAAGUGGGGACAGCAGACUGGGAUAGGGAGAGAUUGAAUAUGUCCGUAAACACUCCAGCCAGCUGGUCUGCACAUGCUCUGAGGACGGGGCUAGGGAUGCCAUUUGGGCCGGACUCCUUGCGAGGGUCUUAUGUCUUACUCACGUCGGCCACGGAGAACGAGAGCCCACAGUCCUCGGGAGCGGGCCCCGUCGGUGGCAGUGGGUUAUCCUCAAAGCUGGCGAAGAAGGUGUGUUUAGCUUGUCCGGGAGCGAGACGUCGGUGUGGCUGGUUUUCCCUUUGUAAUCCGUGGCUGUCUGUAGGUCCCUGCCACGUACGUCUCGUGUCUGAGCCGUUUGAAUUGACUCGGGGAAGAGGAUCAGAGUAUAAUACACAGAUCUAUUUCUAGGUGUCAUAUGUUCUACAUACACUGACUGGAAUAUAUUUCACCUAGCAGGCGCCAGGCUCGGGGAGGUGUUAGGGAAGAGGAUCAUGAUUCUAGAUCCGGGGACGGGAACAUGUCCUAACCUUAUUAACAUGUAAUAUGCUAACUGCAUACCUCAGGUGCUGGCCCCAGCAGACCUGCCCUAGAGGCCGAGCUCAGGGAGGUGUUGGGGAAGAGGAUCAUGAUUCUAGAUGGAGGGAUGGGCACCAUGAUCCAGGAGAGGCGAUUGGAGGAGGAGCACUUCAGGGGGGAGGAGUUUAAAAACCACACCCACAGCCUGAAGGGCAACAACGACCUGCUGAGCAUCACCCAGAGUGACGUAAUCUACAACAUACACCAGGUACAGUGAUGUCAUCUACAACAUACACAAGGUACAGUGAUGUCAUCUACAACAUACACCCGGUACAGUGAUGUCAUCUACAACAUACACAUGAAGGUAACAGUGAUGUCCAAUACUACAACAUACACCAAGUACAAGGUGGAUGUCUCUACACACCUAUACACACAGGUACAAGUGAGGUCAUCUACAACCAUACACAAGGGUACAGUGAUGGUCAUCUACACCAUGACACAAGGUACAGUGACUGUCCAUCUACAACCAUACACAAGGUACAGUGAUGUCAGCUACAAGCAUACACACGGAAGUAGAUGUCAGCGACAACCAUACACAACGGUAGAAAACAGUGAUGUCAUCUACAACCAUAACACAAAAAAACGGUAAACAGUGGAUGAUCAUCUACAACCAUACACACGGUACAAGUGAAUGUCCAUCUACACCAUACACACGGUACAGUGAUGUCAUCUACACCAUACACACGGUACAGUGAUGUCAUCUACAACAUACACACGGUACAGUGAUGUCAUCUACACCAUACACACGGUACAGUGAUGUCAUCUACACCAUACACACGGUACAGUGAUGUCAUCUACACCAUACACAAGGUACAGUGAUAUCAUCUACAAUAUACACAAGGUACAGUGAUGUCAUCUACACCAUACACACGGUACAGUGAUGUCAUCUACACCAUACACACGGUACAGUGAUGUCAUCUACACCAUACACAAGGUACAGUGAUGUCAUCUACAACAUACACAAGGUACAGUGAUGUCAUCUACACCAUACACACGGUACAGUGAUGUCAUCUACAACAUACACAAGGUACAGUGAUGUCAUCUACAACAUACACCAGGUACAGUGAUGUCAUCUACACCAUACACACGGUACAGUGAUGUCAUCUACAACAUACACAAGGUACAGUGAUGUCAUCUACACCAUACACACGGUACAGUGAUGUCAUCUACAAUGUACACUACCGUUCAAAAGUUUGGGGUCACUUAGAAAUGUCCUUGUUUUCCAUGAAAACAUACAUGAAAUGAGUUUGAAUAGGAAAUAUAGCAAAAUGAAUAGGAAAUGUAGUCAUUGACAAGGUUAGAAAUAAUGAUUUGUAAGUGAAAUAAUAAUUGUGUCCUUCAAACUUUGCUUUCGUCAAAAAAUCCUCCAUUUGCAGCAAUUACAGCCUUGCAGACCUUUGGCAUUCUAGUUGUCAAUUUGUUGAGGUAAUCUGAAGCGAUUUCACCCCAUGCUUCUUGAAGCACCUCCCACAAGUUGGAUUGGCUUGAUGGGAACUUCUUACGUACCAUACGGUCAAUCUGCUCAAAAGGGUUGAGAUCCGGUGACUGUGCUGGCCACUCCAUUAUAGACAGAAUACCAGCUGACUGCUUCUUCCCUAAAUAGUUAUUGCAUAGUUUGGAGCUGUGCUUUGGGUCAUUGUCCUGUUGUAGGAGGAAAUUGGCUCCAAUCAAGUGCCGUCCACAUGGUAUGGCAUGGUGUUGCAAAAUGGAGUGAUAGCCUUCCUUCUUCAAGAUCCCUUUUACCCUGUACAAAUCUCCCACUUUACCACCACCAAAGCACCCCCAGACCAUCACAUUGCCUCCACCAUGCUUGACAGAUGGCAUCAAGCACUCCUCCAGCAUCUUUUCAUUUGGUCUGCGUCUCACAAAUGUUCUUCUUUGUGAUCCGAACACCUCAAACUUCGAUUUGUCUGUCCAUAACACUUUUUUUUCCAAUCUUCCUCUGUCCAGUGUCUGUGUUCUUUUUAUUGGCCAGUCUGAGAUAUGGCUUUUUCUUUGCAACUCUGCCUAGAAGGUCAGCAUCCCGGAGUCGCCUCUUCACUGUUGACGUUGAGACUGGUGUUUUGCGGGUACUAUUUAAUAAAGCUGCCAGUUGAGGACCUGUGAGGCGUCUGUUUCUCAAACUAGACACUCUAAUGUAUUUGUCCUCUUGCUCAGUUGUGCACCGGGGCCUCCCACUCCUCUUUCUAUUCUGGUUAGAGCCAGUUUGCGCUGUUCUGUGAAGGGAGUAGUACACAGCGUUGUACGAGAUCUUCAGUUUCUUGGCAAUUUCUCACAUGGAAUAGCCUUCAUUUCUCAGAACAAGAAUAGACUAACGAGUUUCAGAAGAAAGUUAUUUGUUUCUGGCCAUUUUGAGCCUGUAAUCGAACCCACAAUUGCUGAUGCUCCAGAUACUCAACUAGUCUCAAGAAGGCCAGUUUUAUUGCUUCUUUAAUCAGCACAACAGUUUUCAGCUGUGCUAACAUAAUUGCAAAAGGGUUUUCUAAUGAUCAAUUAGCCUUUUAAAAUGAUAAACUUGGAUUAGCAAACACAACGUGCCAUUGGAACACAGGACUGAUGGUUGCUGAUAAUGGGCCUCUGUACGCCUAUGUAGAUAUUCAAUAAAAAAUCAGCCGUUUUCAGUUACAAUAGCCAUUUACAACAUUAACAAUGUCCACUGUAUUUCUGAUCAAUUUAAUGUUAUUUUAAUGGACAAAAAAGUUGCUUUUCUUUCGAAAACAAGUACUUUUCUAAGUGACCCCAAACUUUUGAACUGUAGCGUACACAAGGUACAGUGAUGUCGUCGACAACGUACACAAGGUACAGUGAUGUCGUCGACAACGUACACAAGGUACAGUGAUGUCGUCGACAACGUACACAAGGUACAGUGAUGUCGUCGACAACGUACACAAGGUACAGUGAUGUCGUCGACAACGUACACAAGGUACAGUGAUGUCGUCGACAACGUACACAAGGUACAGUGAUGUUGUCGACAACGUACACAAGGUACAGUGAUGUCAUCGACAACGUACACAAGGUAUGGUCAGUGGGUUAAAGAGUGGUUCAAGUUAUCCUAGACAGCAAAAACCUGAGAUGUAAAAGUUAGGCUGUUAUCAAUGCACCUGCCUGUUAUGCUAUAGUAAUAAUAUUUCCGGUGUUUUUUGUGGGAGAUCUAGAGAGAGAGAGAGAUAGACGGACAUACAGACAGAAAGACGGGAUGAGAUGAUCUCUCUGUUUGGCAAAUACCUGCUGCGUGUGAAUAAGCGUUGACGUUCCUCCCUUGUGUUUGUCGGUAGGAAUACUUGCUUGCCGGGGCAGACAUCAUUGAGACCAACACCUUCAGCAGCACCUGCAUCGCCCAAGCUGACUAUGGACUGGAACAUUUGGUAAGACAGCUGGUUAGUGGGUAGUCUGUAGAGAGCUGGUUAGUGGGUAGUCUGUAGAGAGCUGGUUAGUGGGUAGUCUGUAGAGAGCUGGUUAGUGGGUAGUCUGUAGAGAGCUGGUUAGUGGGUAGUCUGUAGAGAGCUGGUUAGUGGGUAGUCUGUAGAAUAACACUCAGAUUACCAAUCAAAAGCUAUUAUCACAACAUCGGAUCGAAUUUAGUCAGUAAGGGAUGGGUCGCUAAAGGUGACUUGACUCAAUAAAUUACUCACUCACUCAGGUUGUUUGACUCACUGAUCUAUUCCCAUGCCUAUCGAAUGAACAAGGUGUCAGCAGAGAAUUGUUUGACUCACUGAUCUUUUCCCAGGCCUAUCGAAUUAACAAGGUGUCAGCAGAGAAUUGUUUGACUCACUGAUCUUUUCCCAGGCCUAUCGAAUGAACAAGGUGUCAGCAGAGAAUUGUUUGACUCACUGAUCUUUUCCCAGGCCUAUCGAAUGAACAAGGUGUCGGCAGAGAAUUGUUUGACUCACUGAUCUUUUCCCAGGCCUAUCGAAUGAACAAGGUGUCAGCAGAGAAUUGUUUGACUCACUGAUCUUUUCCCAGGCCUAUCGAAUGAACAAGGCGUCAGCAGAGAAUUGUUUGACUCACUGAUCUUUUCCCAGGCCUAUCGAAUGAACAAGGUGUCAGCAGAGAAUUGUUUGACUCACUGAUCUUUUCCCAGGCCUAUCGUAUGAACAAGGUGUCAGCAGAGAAUUGUUUGACUCACUGAUCUUUUCCCAGGCCUAUCGAAUGAACAAGGUGUCGGCAGAGAAUUGUUUGACUCACUGAUCUUUUCCCAGGCCUAUCGAAUGAACAAGGUGUCGGCAGAGAAUUGUUUGACUCACUGAUCUUUUCCCAGGCCUAUCGAAUGAACAAGGUGUCAGCAGAGAUAGCCAGGAAAGCAGCAGAUGAUGUCACCAACCAGACAGGUCAGCUGAUAAAGAUAAGAGUAUCGUUAUUGGAGAAAAAAAAAAAAAAACUAUUUCACAUUGACAACAUUGUGUGUAAUAUAUGUAUUUUACAUGUUUUUUUUAACUCACAAAUAUUUGUUUAUAUUUUUUAUUACCAGGUUGUAAAAGAUACGUGGCAGGCGCUAUGGGCCCCACCAAUAAAACCCUGUCAGUGUCCCCCUCCGUGGAAAGACCAGACUUCAGGAACGUCAGUAAGAGAACAGCUCGUUGUUUCAUCCCUCAUUUUCUUUAUUCCCCUUUUUUUUUAAACUGGUGUCACGGCAAACUGUCAGUCUGUCAGCUGUCACUACAGAUCUACGGUAUGUAGCGGUCUUAACUGUCACCCUAUCAGGGUCUCUCUCUCUAAGGCCUCUCAGGUGAGUCUUGAUAAACCAUUGCUGACCUCCAGAGUUGACAGUACUAUCUCUGAUUACAUUUACAUUUUAGUCAUUUAGCAGACGCUCUUAUCCAGAGCGACUUACAGUUAGUGAAUACAUAUACAUUUUUUUUAUACUGGCCCCCCGUGGGAAUCGAACCCACAACCCUGGCGUUGCAAACGCCAUGCUCUAUCAACUGAGCUACAUCCCUGCCGGCCAUUCCCUCCCCUACCCUGGACGACGCUGGGCCAAUUGUGGUGUCACCAUGGUGAGUGCUUCUGUUUCCUCCCCCUCAGCCUUUGAUGAGCUGGCUGACGCCUACGCUGAGCAGGUCCGGGGCCUGUUGGAUGGAGGUGCGGAUAUUAUCAUGGUGGAGACCAUCUUUGACACGGCCAACGCCAAGGUAGACCUUCCUUACUCACUUUGACAGUCGUCUAGUUUGUAUCAGUACGAUUCUAGUUUUACAUACGAUUCCGUACAAUUUAGCUCAGCUGGUAGAGCACGGCGCUUGUAACGCCAAGGUAGUGGGUUCGAUCCCCGGGACCACCCGUACACAAAAAAAUGUAUGCACGCAUGACUGUAAGUCGCUUUGGAUAAAAGCGUCUGCUAAAUGGCUUAUUAUUAUUAUUAUUAUCGUAAUCAAUGUGUCAAUUCUGAUCUUGUCAUAAAAGGCAGCACUGUUUGCGAUCGACAAACUGUUUGAAGAGAGCUACGAACCAAGACCUAUAUUUGUAAGUAUGAAUUCUGUCUUUCGUCAGUAUAUCUCUUAGCUCAAUGCCAAUAAAUGUUCAGUCCGUCACUAGAGAGGAGUUCAUGUUCCUAUAUUGUGCGGAGCUGCUAGAUUGUUUUGAUUGAUUGAUUGAUUGAUUGAUUUUGCCGUGCUGCCAGAUCUCCGGGACCAUAGUGAACAGGAGUAGGGCGGUGGCCGUAUUACAGCCAUACCGGCAGUCACGAGGCACCAAUCAAAUUCCCUGUGACUGUCGGUCACGGUAAUUCCAUCCAAAACUGUGCAAAUGAAUGACGCUGAUGUGUAGCCUACCAAACUUGCUAAAAUGGCCUGGUACUCAGACCUCUAUUGUCCCUCUAAUCCAGGGUUGUGAAACGCAUUCCACGGAGGGCCGAGUGUCUGCUGGUUUUCGGUUAUUCCUUUCAAUUAAGACUUAGACAACCAGGUGAGGGGAGAUCCUUACUAAGACCUAGACAACCAGGUGAGGGGAGUGCCUUACUAAGACCUAGACAACCAGGUGAGGGGAGUUCCUUACUAAGACCUGGACAACCAGGUGAGGGGAGUUCCUUACUAAGACCUGGACAACCAGGUGAGGGGAGUUCCUUACUAAGACCUAGACAACCAGGUGAGGGGAGUUCCUUACUAAGACCUAGACAACCAGGUGAGGGGAGUUCCUUACUAAGACCUAGACAACCAGGUGAGGGGAGUUCCUUACUAAGACCUGGACAACCAGGUGAGGGGAGUUCCUUACUAAGACCUGGACAACCAGGUGAGGGGAGUUCCUUACUAAGACCUAGACAACCAGGUGAGGGGAGUUCCUUACUAAGACCUAGACAACCAGGUGAGGGGAGUUCCUUACUAAGACCUAGACAACCAGGUGAGGGGAGUUCCUUACUAAGACCUAGACAACCAGGUUAGGGGAGUUCUUUACUAAGACCUAGACAACCAGGUGAGGGGAAUUCCUUACUAAUUAGUGACCUCAAAUUAAUCAAUCAAGUCCAAGGGAGGAGUGAAGACCGUUCUCUAAACACUUCAUGAUUUGAAUAAUCUGAAGGAUUAGGACAGAUGGAGAUGGGAGUUAGAGCUCCUCCCCCCCCAAAAAGCCCCGGACCCAAUAUGCAUAAAUACAUUCCUAAAGGACCUAAAGGACCGCCGGGCCGAUCCGAGUGAAGGAAGCAGCAGAAAAGCCAAUUGUUUUGCUACGUUAUUAAACCGGAGCCAUGGAGAAAGGGAGAGAGAGGCACAGUGAGCAGCUGUAGGCUACUAAGGUGCAGAGGCCAUGUGGUGUGGGAAUGUAUGAUUAAGACAUGGGAGGCUCGGAGCACUGGAGCACAGAGGGGAGACCACAACCACUGAUAUCUCCCGCUAGACUAACCACAGCCGCUGAUAGCUCCCGCUAGACUAACCACAACCGCUGAUAUCUCCCGCUAGACUAACCACAACCGCUGAUAUCUCCCGCUAGACUAACCACAACCGCUGAUAUCUCCCGCUAGACUAACCACAACCACUGAUAUCUCCCGCUAGACUAACCACAACCACUGAUAUCUCCCGCUAGACUAACCACAACCGCUGAUAUCUCCCGCUAGACUAACCACAACCACUGAUAUCUCCCGCUAGACUAACCACAACCGCUGAUAUCUCCCGCUAGACUAACCACAACCGCUGAUAUCUCCCGCUAGACUAACCACAACCGCUGAUAUCUCCCGCUAGACUAACCACAACCACUGAUAUCUCCCGCUAGACUAACCACAACCACUGAUAUCUCCCGCUAGACUAACCACAACCGCUGAUAUCUCCCGCUAGACUAACCACAACCACUGUUAUCUCCCGCUAGACUAACCACAACGGCACCAUAGUGGAUAGGAGUGGGCGUACUCUCUCAGGACAGAUUGAUUAUGCUUCUAGAUAUCUGGCACCACAGUGGACAGGAGUGGGCGUACUCUCUCAGGACAGAUUGAUUUUCCUUCUAGAUAUCUGGCACCAUAGUGGACAGGAGUGGGCGUACUCUCUCAGGACAGAUUGAUUGUGCUUCUAGAUAUCUGGCACCAUAGUAGACAGGAUUUUGCUUCUAGAUAUCUGGCACCAUAGUGGACAGGAGUGGGCGUACUCUCUCAGGACAGAUUGAUUGUGCUUCUAGAUAUCUGGCACCAUAGUGGACAGGAGUGGUCGUACUCUCUCAGGACAGAUUGAUUUUGCUUCUAGAUAUCAGGCACCAUAGUGGAUAGGAGUGGGCGUACUCUCUCAGGACAGAUUGAUUGUGCUUCUAGAUAUCUGGCACCAUAGUGGACAGGAGUUGGCGUACUCUCUCAGGACAGAUUGAUUGUGCUUCUAGAUAUCUGGCACCAUAGUGGACAGGAGUUGGCGUACUCUCUCAGGACAGAUUGAUUGUGCUUCUAGAUAUCUGGCACCAUAGUGGACAGGAGUUGGCGUACUCUCUCAGGACAGAUUGAUUUUGCUUCUAGAUAUCAGGCACCAUAGUGGAUAGGAGUGGGCGUACUCUCUCAGGACAGAUUGAUUGUGCUUCUAGAUAUCUGGCACCAUAGUGGACAGGAGUGGGCGUACUCUCUCAGGACAGAUUGAUUUUCCUUCUAGAUAUCUGGCACCAUAGUGGACAGGAGUGGGCGUACUCUCUCAGGACAGAUUGAUUUUCCUUCUAGAUAUCUGGCACCGUAGUGGACAGGAGUGGGCGUACUCUCUCAGGACAGAUUGAUUGUUCUUCUAGAUAUCUGGCACCAUAGUGGACAGGAGUGGGCGUACUCUCUCAGGACAGACAGGAGAGGCCUUCGUCAUCAGUGUGUCCCACGCCAAACCUCUCUGGUGAGUCACCACAUUCUGCUUCAGGACUUCAAUACUACCUUGUUGUUGUAGACUUCCACAUAUUUGUCCUCAAGUUUCUUGCUAUUUUAUAUUCAAAUAAACUUCAGAUCUGCUGGAGAGACUAAUGGAAUCUACAACAUUAAAGCGGAAUGUCCUGUUUUUCAAAUGAUACUGUGUCUUAUUUUGACCUCCAUAAGACUGUGUCUCAAUAGACUGAUAAACAGUGUGUUCAUCUCUUCCAGUAUCGGUCUUAACUGUGCCUUGGGAGCCACUGAGAUGAGGCCUUUCAUUCAAGCUAUUGGGAAAUGCACCACUGCUCACGUCUUGUGCUACCCCAAUGCAGGUAACCAGCGCCCAUCCAUCCCAACUUACCCAGCAACUUAGCAUCUAGCUAGCUAACCUUUUGUGUUCACAACCACCGUCUGCCAUUUUCACACCCCUCUGCUUGCUCCAGGUCUCCCCAAUACCUUUGGGGGAUACGAUGAGACCCCAGAGUUGACAGCCUCACAUUUAAAGGUAAACUUAUCGAUUUUAUAGCUGGUCUUCCCAAUGAAUGAUGUAUCGAAUGAUUCAGCCAAAUGAAUAAAUAUCAUACCCCCCCCCCCCCCCCCCCCCAAAAAAAAAAAAUGCUAACCUCCCCUGUUAUUGUAAUGGUGAGAGGUUAGCAUGUUUUAGGGGUAUGAUAUAAAAUGCUAACCUCCCCUGUUAUUGUAAUGGUGAGAGGUUAGCAUGUCUUGGGGGUAUGAUAUAAAAUGCUAACCUCCCCUGUUAUUGUAAUGGUGAGAGGUUAGCAUGUUUUAGGGGUAUGAUAUAAAAUGCUAACCUCCCCUGUUAUUGUAAUGGUGAGAGGUUAGCAUGUCUUGGGGGUAUGAUAUAAAAUGCUAACCUCCCCUGUUAUUGUAAUGGUGAGAGGUUAGCAUGUUUUAGGGUUAUGAUAUUUGUGUGUCUUAACUUUCUCACUCAUUAUUAUUCACGAUUAAUUCAGGACUAUCCGUAAUCAUGGUAACGUCCACAUUAAUGUAGAAGUGAUCAGAAACAUAUUCUAUUCUUAUUUACAAUAAAAGUGACUCCAAAAUGACACAAUACGUUAUUUACCGUUCAUUUCUAUUGGGCACAAAAUAAUCUGAAACACAACAGAAACAAACAGCAAAUGCAUCCAACAAGUUUGUAGAGUCACAAGCUUGAUGUAAUCAUUGUGUGCUAUGUAUAUGGGACCAAAUACUAAACUUUUGACUACUUUAAUACACAAGUAAAUUUGUCCAAAUACUUUUGGUCCCCUAAAAUGGGGGGUCUGUGUACAAAAAGUGCUUUAAUUUCUAAACGGUUCACCCGAUAUGGAUGAAAAUACCCUCAAAUGAAAGUUCUGGAGUACAGAGCCAAAACAACACAGCGUAUCGCUGUCCCAAUACUGUUGGAGAUCACUACCUUUUGGUUUUGGUUUGAUACGGCUUGUAUACACACUGACCGUCUCUUAUUUCUCUAGGAGUUUGCUACAGAUGGUCUGGUGAAUCUGGUUGGUGGAUGCUGUGGAACGACUCCUGCACACAUCAGGUGACUGAUGUCUGCUCUGUCCUCUGACACUAGCUACUGUCCAUAGAUAUAGAACUGAUAUAUUGUCUAUAGAUAUAGAACUGAUAUAUUGUCUAAUAGAUAUAGAACUGAUAUAUUGUCUAUAGAUAUAGAACUGAUAUAUUGUCUAUAGAUAUAGAACUGAUAUAUUGUCUAUAGAUAUAGAACUGAUAUAUUGUCUAUAGAUAUAGAACUGAUAUAUUGUCUAUAGAUAUAGAACUGAUAGAUAUAGAACUGAUAUAUUGUCUAUAGAUAUAGAACUGAUAUAUUGUCUAUAGAUAUAGAACUGAUAGAUAUAGAACUGAUAGAUAUAGAACUGAUAUAUUGUCUAUAGAUAUAGAACUGAUAGAUAUAGAACUGAUAUAUUGUCUAUAGAUAUAGAACUGAUAUAUAUAUAUAUAUAUAUAUAUAUAUAUAUAUAUAUAUAUAUAUAUAUAUAUAUAUAUAUAUAUAUAUAUAUAUAUAUAUAUAUAUAUAUAUAGAACUGAUAUAUUGUCUAUAUAUAUAGAACUGAUAUUGUCUAUUCUGCUGUCUAUAGAUAUAGAACUGAUAGAUAUAGAACUCUCUGCUUGUGUUCAGGGCCAUUGCUGAGAAAGUGAAGCACUGCCAGCCCAGAGUGCCCCCUACUGACGUCUUUCAGGACUACAUGCUACUCGCAGGUAGAACAUUUUACGUUUAAGUCAUUUUAGCAGACGCUCUUACCCAGAGUGACUUACAGGAGCAAUUAGGGUUUAAGUGCCUUGCUUAAGGGCACAUCGACAGAUUUUUCACCUAGUCGGGCUCGGGGAUUAGAACCAGCGACCUUUCGGUAACUGGCACAACGCUCUUAACCACUAAAGCUACCUGCCGCCCCAGAACAACAUCAUUUUUAAAUGAGCUCUGUAUCCUUCCAGUCGUGGCCGUUCCAAGGGGGGCUGGUAUUUAUAAAGCGCUGCAGAGUAUUAGUGCUGGUCUAGGAUUCAGUUCUGCCUCUUAGAUAAUAAGGAAUCCAAUUUGCAUAGACGGGGAUGACCUGAUCCUACUGUAGACCUGCUCUGAGAUGUACCUUCUCAGUCGUGGCCGCGCCGAUGAACAGCGGCAGCAAACCGCUGACGAGCUUUUCUCAUCACAGCUUUGAGCAUAUUUUGUGUCACAGGUCUGGAGCCGUUCAGGAUCGGUCCGUACACUAAUUUCGUGAACAUCGGCGAGCGAUGCAACGUGGCUGGAUCGAGGAAGUUUGCCAAGCUGAUCAUGUCCGGAAACUACGAGGUCAGCUAUCUCUCCUUUAUCCACCCUUUUUUUUAUGAUACGGUAACCACCUGAAAUAAAACUCCCAUCUUAUACAGAUUGCGUGAUCAUUGUAGCUAGCAAUAUCUUUAUCUUCCAUACCCAUGUCUGGUGUACCAGGGUUAUGUUCAGUAGGGCACACCGUAUCAAAACUAACUUGGACACGUUGAGGUAGUUCCUCCCUGUUUCAGUCUAUCUCCUUCUGUUUGGUGCCUAAUGAACACAACCCUCUUACUGAACAUGUUCUGUGCCUCUGUCUGUGAACCUGUCCCCCCCCCCCCCCGUCUGUCUCCAGGAGGCGUUGAGCAUAGCCAAGACCCAGGUGGAGAUGGGAGCCCAGGUCUUGGACAUCAACAUGGACGAGGGGAUGCUGGAGGGUCCUGCCGCCAUGGCCCGGUUCUGCUGUCUCAUAGCUUCAGAACCUGACAUCGCCAGGGUUGGGAUCAACUGGACAUUUCCAAUACUGUCGUGAUAUAUAAAGAUAGAUACCAUGCGCACUGUUGAACGCUUCCAACGUUUAAUCAUGUUUCUAAAACCAUUUACCAUGAUACUGUACCAAUAUAAGUAACGUUACUACGCACUUAGCUACAAUAAAGCUGAACAACGUCAUUGAAGUGCUGGGAGAGAUGCAGGGGAAAACAAGACCGCUCUUAAGAACGGAGCUCCUCUACUAAAUACGUCUAAAGCUGAAGUUCACUUCCCCCAUCUGUCCCAGCUCUCCUCUUAGUCCUCCUCCCUCUCCUCUCCCAGGUGCCUCUGUGUAUAGACUCGUCUAACUUCGAGGUGAUCAAGGCGGGGCUGAAGUGUUGCCAGGGGAAGUGUAUCGUCAACAGCAUCAGUCUGAAGGAAGGAGUGGAGGAGUUUCUCCAGAGAGCUACGACUGUCAGACGCUACGGGGCUGCUGUGGUUGUAAUGGCCUUCGACGAGGAGGGUCAGGUGAGACGGACAACUGGAGAGGAGCUGCUAGGAUAUAGAUACCUAGAGGGAGACCCUGGGGAGGGGAGAACAGGUGAGACGGACAACUGGAAAGGAGCUGGGUGGAUAUAGAUACCUAGAGGGAGACCCUGGGGAGGGGAGAACAGGUGAGACGGACAACUGGAAAGGAGCUGGGUGGAUAUAGAUACCUAGAGGGAGACCCUGGGGAGGGGAGAACAGGUGAGACGGACAACUGGAAAGGAGCUGGGUGGAUAUAGAUACCUAGAGGGAGACCCUGGGGAGGGGAGAACAGGUGAGACGGACAACUGGAAAGGAGCUGCUAGGAUAUAGAUACCUAGAGGGAGACCCUGGGGAGGGGAGAACAGGUGAGACGGACAACUGGAAAGGAGCUGGGUGGAUAUAGAUACCUAGAGGGAGACCCUGGAGAGGGGAGAACAGGUGAGACGGACAACUGGAAAGGAGCUGCUAGGAUAUAGAUACCUAGAGGGAGACCCUGGGGAGGGGAGAACAGGUGAGACGGACAACUGGAAAGGAGCUGGGUGGAUAUAGAUACCUAGAGGGAGACCCUGGGGAGGGGAGAACAGGUGAGACGGACAACUGGAAAGGAGCUGCUAGGAUAUAGAUACCUAGAGGGAGACCCUGGGGAGGGGAGACCCUGGGGAGGGGAGAACAGGUGAGACGGACAACUGGAAAGGAGCUGGGUGGAUAUAGAUCCCUAGAGGGAGACCCUGGGGAGGGGAGAACAGGUGAGACGGACAACUGGAAAGGAGCUGGGUGGAUAUAGAUACCUAGAGGGAGACCCUGGGGAGGGGAGAACAGGUGAGACGGACAACUGGAAAGGAGCUGGGUGGAUAUAGAUACCUAGAGGGAGACCCUGGGGAGGGGAGAACAGGUGAGACGGACAACUGGAAAGGAGCUGGGUGGAUAUAGAUACCUAGAGGGAGACCCUGGGGAGGGGAGAACAGGUGAGACGGACAACUGGAAAGGAGCUGGGUGGAUAUAGAUACCUAGAGGGAGACCCUGGGGAGGGGAGAACAGGUGAGACGGACAACUGGAAAGGAGCUGCUAGGAUAUAGAUCCCUAGAGGGAGACCCUGGGGAGGGGAGAACAGGUGAGACGGACAACUGGAAAGGAGCUGGGUGGAUAUAGAUACCUAGAGGGAGACCCUGGGGAGGGGAGAACAGGUGAGACGGACAACUGGAAAGGAGCUGGGUGGAUAUAGAUACCUAGAGGGAGACCCUGGGGAGGGGAGAAUAGGUGAGACGGACAACUGGAAAGGAGCUGGGUGGAUAUAGAUACCUAGAGGGAGACCCUGGGGCUGGGAGAACAGGUGAGACGGACAACUGGAAAGGAGCUGGGUGGAUAUAGAUCCCUAGAGGGAGACCCUGGGGAGGGGAGAACAGGUGAGACGGACAACUGGAAAGGAGCUGGGUGGAUAUAGAUACCUAGAGGGAGACCCUGGGGAGGGGAGAACAGGUGAGACGGACAACUGGAAAGGAGCUGGGUGGAUAUAGAUACCUAGAGGGAGACCCUGGAGAGGGGAGAACAGGUGAGACGGACAACUGGAAAGGAGCUGGGUGGAUAUAGAUACCUAGAGGGAGACCCUGGGGAGGGGAGAACAGGUGAGACGGACAACUGGAAAGGAGCUGCUAGGAUAUAGAUACCUAGAGGGAGACCCUGGGGAGGGGAGAACAGGUGAGACGGACAACUGGAAAGGAGCUGCUAGGAUAUAGAUACCUAGAGGGAGACCCUGGGGAGGGGAGAACAGGUGAGACGGACAACUGGAAAGGAGCUGCUAGGAUAUAGAUACCUAGAGGGAGACCCUGGGGAGGGGAGAACAGGUGAGACGGACAACUGGAAAGGAGCUGGGUGGAUAUAGAUACCUAGAGGGAGACCCUGGGGAGGGGAGAACAGGUGAGACGGACAACUGGAAAGGAGCUGGGUGGAUAUAGAUACCUAGAGGGAGACCCUGGGGAGGGGAGAACAGGUGAGACGGACAACUGGAAAGGAGCUGGGUGGAUAUAGAUACCUAGAGGGAUACCCUGGGGAGGGGAGAACAGGUGAGACGGACAACUGGAAAGGAGCUGCUAGGAUAUAGAUACCUAGAGGGAGACCCUGGAGAGGGGAGAACAGGUGAGACGGACAACUGGAAAGGAGCUGGGUGGAUAUAGAUACCUAGAGGGAGACCCUGGGGAGGGGAGAACAGGUGAGACGGACAACUGGAAAGGAGCUGGGUGGAUAUAGAUACCUAGAGGGAGACCCUGGGGAGGGGAGAACAGGUGAGACGGACACCUGGAGAGGAGCUGCUAGGAUAUAGAUACCUAGAGGGAGACCCUGGGGAGGGGAGAACAGGUGAGACGGACAACUGGAAAGGAGCUGGGUGGAUAUAGAUACCUAGAGGGAGACCCUGGGGAGGGGAGAACAGGUGAGACGGACAACUGGAAAGGAGCUGGGUGGAUAUAGAUACCUAGAGGGAGACCCUGGGGAGGGGAGAACAGGUGAGACGGACAACUGGAAAGGAGCUGGGUGGAUAUAGAUACCUAGAGGGAGACCCUGGGGAGGGGAGAACAGGUGAGACGGACAACUGGAAAGGAGCUGGGUGGAUAUAGAUACCUAGAGGGAGACCCUGGGGAGGGGAGAACAGGUGAGACGGACAACUGGAGAGGAGCUGGGUGGAUAUAGAUACCUAGAGGGAGACCAUGGGGAGGGGAGAACAGGUGAGACGGACAACUGGAAAGGAGCUGGGUGGAUAUAGAUACCUAGAGGGAGACCCUGGGGAGGGGAGAACAGGUGAGACGGACAACUGGAAAGGAGCUGGGUGGAUAUAGAUACCUAGAGGGAGACCCUGGGGAGGGGAGAACAGGUGAGACGGACAACUGGAAAGGAGCUGCUAGGAUAUAGAUACCUAGAGGGAGACCCUGGGGAGGGGAGAACAGGUGAGACGGACAACUGGAAAGGAGCUGCUAGGAUAUAGAUACCUAGAGGGAGACCCUGGGGAGGGGAGAACAGGUGAGACGGACAACUGGAAAGGAGCUGGGUGGAUAUAGAUACCUAGAGGGAGACCAUGGGGAGGGGAGAACAGGUGAGACGGACAACUGGAAAGGAGCUGCUAGGAUAUAGAUACCUAGAGGGAGACCAUGGGGAGGGGAGAACAGGUGAGACGGACAACUGGAAAGGAGCUGCUAGGAUAUAGAUACCUAGAGGGAGACCCUGGGGAGGGGAGAACAGGUGAGACGGACAACUGGAAAGGAGCUGCUAGGAUAUAGAUACCUAGAGGGAGACCCUGGGGAGGGGAGAACAGGUGAGACGGACAACUGGAAAGGAGCUGGGUGGAUAUAGAUACCUAGAGGGAGACCCUGGGGAGGGGAGAACAGGUGAGACGGACAACUGGAAAGGAGCUGGUAGGAUAUAGAUACCUAGAGGGAGACCCUGGGGAGGGGAGAACAGGUGAGACGGACAACUGGAAAGGAGCUGGGUGGAUAUAGAUACCUAGAGGGAGACCCUGGGGAGGGGAGAACAGGUGAGACGGACAACUGGAAAGGAGCUGCUAGGAUAUAGAUACCUAGAGGGAGACCCUGGGGAGGGGAGAACAGGUGAGACGGACAACUGGAAAGGAGCUGGGUGGAUAUAGAUACCUAGAGGGAGACCCUGGGGAGGGGAGAACAGGUGAGACGGACAACUGGAAAGGAGCUGGGUGGAUAUAGAUACCUAGAGGGAGACCCUGGGGAGGGGAGAACAGGUGAGACGGACAACUGGAAAGGAGCUGGGUGGAUAUAGAUACCUAGAGGGAGACCCUGGGGAGGGGAGAACAGGUGAGACGGACAACUGGAAAGGAGCUGGGUGGAUAUAGAUACCUAGAGGGAGACCCUGGGGAGGGGAGAACAGGUGAGACGGACAACUGGAAAGGAGCUGGGUGGAUAUAGAUACCUAGAGGGAGACCCUGGGGAGGGGAGAACAGGUGAGACGGACAACUGGAGAGGAGCUGGGUGGAUAUAGAUACCUAGAGGGAGACCAUGGGGAGGGGAGAACAGGUGAGACGGACAACUGGAAAGGAGCUGCUAGGAUAUAGAUACCUAGAGGGAGACCCUGGGGAGGGGAGAACAGGUGAGACGGACAACUGGAAAGGAGCUGGGUGGAUAUAGAUACCUAGAGGGAGACCAUGGGGAGGGGAGAACAGGUGAGACGGACAACUGGAAAGGAGCUGCUAGGAUAUAGAUACCUAGAGGGAGACCAUGGGGAGGGGAGAACAGGUGAGACGGACAACUGGAAAGGAGCUGCUAGGAUAUAGAUACCUAGAGGGAGACCCUGGGGAGGAGAGAACAGGUGAGACGGACAACUGGAAAGGAGCUGGGUGGAUAUAGAUACCUAGAGGGAGACCCUGGGGAGGGGAGAACAGGUGAGACGGACAACUGGAAAGGAGCUGGGUGGAUAUAGAUACCUAGAGGGAGACCCUGGGGAGGGGAGAACAGGUGAGACGGACAACUGGAAAGGAGCUGGUAGGAUAUAGAUACCUAGAGGGAGACCCUGGGGAGGGGAGAACAGGUGAGACGGACAACUGGAAAGGAGCUGGGUGGAUAUAGAUACCUAGAGGGAGACCAUGGGGAGGGGAGAACAGGUGAGACGGACAACUGGAAAGGAGCUGCUAGGAUAUAGAUACCUAGAGGGAGACCCUGGGGAGGGGAGACCCUGGGGAGGGGAGAACAGGUGAGACGGACAACUGGAAAGGAGCUGGGUGGAUAUAGAUACCUAGAGGGAGACCAUGGGGAGGGGAGAACAGGUGAGACGGACAACUGGAAAGGAGCUGCUAGGAUAUAGAUACCUAGAGGGAGACCCUGGGGAGGGGAGAACAGGUGAGACGGACAACUGGAAAGGAGCUGGGUGGAUAUAGAUACCUAGAGGGAGACCCUGGGGAGGGGAGAACAGGUGAGACGGACAACUGGAAAGGAGCUGCUAGGAUAUAGAUACCUAGAGGGAGACCCUGGGGAGGGGAGAACAGGUGAGACGGACAACUGGAAAGGAGCUGCUAGGAUAUAGAUACCUAGAGGGAGACCCUGGGGAGGGAAGAACAGGUGAGACGGACAACUGGAAAGGAGCUGGGUGGAUAUAGAUACCUAGAGGGAGACCAUGGGGAGGGGAGAACAGGUGAGACGGACAACUGGAAAGGAGCUGCUAGGAUAUAGAUACCUAGAGGGAGACCCAUGGGGAGGGGAGAACAGGUGAGACGGACAACUGGAAAGGAGCUGCUAGGAUAUAGAUACCUAGAGGGAGACCCUGGGGAGGGGAGAACAGGUGAGACGGACAACUGGAAAGGAGCUGGGUGGAUAUAGAUACCUAGAGGGAGACCAUGGGGAGGGGAGAACAGGUGAGACGGACAACUGGAAAGGAGCUGCUAGGAUAUAGAUACCUAGAGGGAGACCCAUGGGGAGGGGAGAACAGGUGAGACGGACAACUGGAAAGGAGCUGCUAGGAUAUAGAUACCUAGAGGGAGACCCUGGGGAGGGGAGAACAGGUGAGACGGACAACUGGAAAGGAGCUGCUAGGAUAUAGAUACCUAGAGGGAGACCCUGGGGAGGGGGAGAACAGGUGAGACGGACAACUGGAGAGGAGCUGGGUGGAUAUAGAUACCUAGAGGGAGACCCUGGGGAGGGGAGAACAGGUGAGAUGGACAACUGGAAAGGAGCUGGGUGGAUAUAGAUACCUAGAGGGAGACCCUGGGGAGGGGAGAACAGGUGAGACGGACAACUGGAAAGGAGCUGGGUGGAUAUAGAUACCUAGAGGGAGACCCUGGGGAGGGGAGAACAGGUGAGACGGACAACUGGAAAGGAGCUGGGUGGAUAUAGAUACCUAGAGGGAGACCCUGGGGAGGGGAGAACAGGUGAGACGGACAACUGGAAAGGAGCUGGGUGGAUAUAGAUACCUAGAGGGAGACCCUGGGGAGGGGAGAACAGGUGAGAUGGACAACUGGAAAGGAGCUGGGUGGAUAUAGAUACCUAGAGGGAGACCCUGGGGAGGGGAGAACAGGUGAGACGGACAACUGGAAAGGAGCUGGGUGGAUAUAGAUACCUAGAGGGAGACCCUGGGGAGGGGAGAACAGGUGAGACGGACAACUGGAAAGGAGCUGGGUGGAUAUAGAUACCUAGAGGGAGACCCUGGGGAGGGGAGAACAGGUGAGACGGACAACUGGAAAGGAGCUGGGUGGAUAUAGAUACCUAGAGGGAGACCCUGGAGAGGGGAGAACAGGUGAGACGGACAACUGGAAAGGAGCUGGGUGGAUAUAGAUACCUAGAGGGAGACCCUGGGGAGGGGAGAACAGGUGAGAUGGACAACUGGAAAGGAGCUGGGUGGAUAUAGAUACCUAGAGGGAGACCCUGGGGAGGGGAGAACAGGUGAGACGGACAACUGGAAAGGAGCUGGGUGGAUAUAGAUACCUAGAGGGAACCCCUGGGGAGGGGAGAACAGGUGAGACGGACAACUGGAAAGGAGCUGGGUGGAUAUAGAUACCUAGAGGGAGACCCUGGGGAGGGGAGAACAGGUGAGACGGACAACUGGAAAGGAGCUGGGUGGAUAUAGAUACCUAGAGGGAGACCCUGGGGAGGGGAGAACAGGUGAGACGGACAACUGGAAAGGAGCUGGGUGGAUAUAGAUACCUAGAGGGAGACCCUGGGGAGGGGAGAACAGGUGAGACGGACAACUGGAAAGGAGCUGCUAGGAUAUAGAUACCUAGAGGGAGACCAUGGGGAGGGGAGAACAGGUGAGACGGACAACUGGAAAGGAGCUGCUAGGAUAUAGAUACCUAGAGGGAGACCCUGGGGAGGGGAGAACAGGUGAGACGGACAACUGGAAAGGAGCUGCUAGGAUAUAGAUACCUAGAGGGAAACCCUGGGGAGGGGAGAACAGGUGAGACGGACAACUGGAAAGGAGCUGGGUGGAUAUAGAUACCUAGAGGGAGACCCUGGGGAGGGGAGAACAGGUGAGACGGACAACUGGAAAGGAGCUGCUAGGAUAUAGAUACCUAGAGGGAGACCCUGGGGAGGGGAGAACAGGUGAGACGGACAACUGGAAAGGAGCUGGGUGGAUAUAGAUACCUAGAGGGAGACCCUGGGGAGGGGAGAACAGGUGAGACGGACAACUGGAAAGGAGCUGGGUGGAUAUAGAUACCUAGAGGGAGACCCUGGGGAGGGGGAGAACAGGUGAGACGGACAACUGGAAAGGAGCUGGGUGGAUAUAGAUACCUAGAGGGAGACCCUGGGGAGGGGAGAACAGGUGAGACGGACAACUGGAAAGGAGCUGCUAGGAUAUAGAUACCUAGAGGGAGACCCUGGGGAGGGGAGAACAGGUGAGACGGACAACUGGAAAGGAGCUGGGUGGAUAUAGAUACCUAGAGGGAGACCCUGGGGAGGGGAGAACAGGUGAGACGGACAACUGGAAAGGAGCUGCUAGGAUAUAGAUACCUAGAGGGAGACCCUGGGGAGGGGGAGAACAGGUGAGACGGACAACUGGAAAGGAGCUGGGUGGAUAUAGAUACCUAGAGGGAGACCCUGGGGAGGGGAGAACAGGUGAGACGGACAACUGGAAAGGAGCUGGGUGGAUAUAGAUACCUAGAGGGAGACCCUGGGGAGGGGAGAACAGGUGAGACGGACAACUGGAAAGGAGCUGGGUGGAUAUAGAUACCUAGAGGGAGACCCUGGGGAGGGGAGAACAGGUGAGACGGACAACUGGAAAGGAGCUGGGUGGAUAUAGAUACCUAGAGGGAGACCCUGGGGAGGGGAGAACAGGUGAGACGGACAACUGGAAAGGAGCUGGGUGGAUAUAGAUACCUAGAGGGAGACCCUGGGGAGGGGAGAACAGGUGAGACGGACAACUGGAAAGGAGCUGGGUGGAUAUAGAUACCUAGAGGGAGACCCUGGGGAGGGGAGAACAGGUGAGACGGACAACUGGAAAGGAGCUGGGUGGAUAUAGAUACCUAGAGGGAGACCCUGGGGAGGGGAGAACAGGUGAGACGGACAACUGGAAAGGAGCUGCUAGGAUAUAGAUACCUAGAGGGAGACCCUGGGGAGGGGAGAACAGGUGAGACGGACAACUGGAAAGGAGCUGGGUGGAUAUAGAUACCUAGAGGGAGACCCUGGGGAGGGAGAACAGGUGAGACGGACAACUGGAAAGGAGCUGGGUGGAUAUAGAUACCUAGAGGGAGACCCUGGGGAGGGGAGAACAGGUGAGACGGACAACUGGAAAGGAGCUGGGUGGAUAUAGAUACCUAGAGGGAGACCCUGGGGAGGGGAGAACAGGUGAGAACGGACAACUGGAAAGGAGCUGGGUGGAUAUAGAUACCUAGAGGGAGACCCUGGGGAGGGGAGAACAGGUGAGACGGACAACUGGAAAGGAGCUGGGUGGAUAUAGAUACCUAGAGGGAGACCCUGGGGAGGGGAGAACAGGUGAGACGGACAACUGGAAAGGAGCUGGGUGGAUAUAGAUACCUAGAGGGAGACCCUGGGGAGGGGAGAACAGGUGAGACGGACAACUGGAAAGGAGCUGGGUGGAUAUAGAUACCUAGAGGGAGACCCUGGGGAGGGGAGAACAGGUGAGACGGACAACUGGAAAGGAGCUGGGUGGAUAUAGAUACCUAGAGGGAGACCCUGGGGAGGGGAGAACAGGUGAGACGGACAACUGGAAAGGAGCUGGGUGGAUAUAGAUACCUAGAGGGAGACCCUGGGGAGGGGAGAACAGGUGAGACGGACAACUGGAAAGGAGCUGGUGGAUAUAGAUACCUAGAGGGAGACCCUGGGGAGGGGAGAACAGGUGAGACGGACAACUGGAAAGGAGCUGGGUGGAUAUAGAUACCUAGAGGGAGACCCUGGGGAGGGGAGAACAGGUGAGACGGACAACUGGAAAGGAGCUGGGUGGAUAUAGAUACCUAGAGGGAGACCCUGGGGGAGGGGAGAACAGGUGAGACGGACAACUGGAAAGGAGCUGGGUGGAUAUAGAUACCUAGAGGGAGACCCUGGGGAGGGGAGAACAGGUGAGACGGACAACUGGAAAGGAGCUGGGUGGAUAUAGAUACCUAGAGGGAGACCCUGGGGAGGGGAGAACAGGUGAGACGGACAACUGGAAAGGAGCUGGGUGGAUAUAGAUACCUAGAGGGAGACCCUGGGGAGGGGAGAAACAGGUGAGACGGACAACUGGAAAGGAGCUGGGUGGAUAUAGAUACCUAGAGGGAGACCCUGGGGAGGGGAGAACAGGUGAGACGGACAACUGGAAAGGAGCUGGGUGGAUAUAGAUACCUAGAGGGAGACCCUGGGGAGGGGAGAACAGGUGAGACGGACAACUGGAAAGGAGCUGGGUGGAUAUAGAUACCUAGAGGGAGACCCUGGGGAGGGGAGAACAGGUGAGACGGACAACUGGAAAGGAGCUGGGUGGAUAUAGAUACCUAGAGGGAGACCCUGGGGAGGGGAGAACAGGUGAGACGGACAACUGGAAAGGAGCUGCUAGGAUAUAGAUACCUAGAGGGAGACCCUGGGGAGGGGAGAACAGGUGAGACGGACAACUGGAAAGGAGCUGGGUGGAUAUAGAUACCUAGAGGGAGACCCUGGGGAGGGGAGAACAGGUGAGACGGACAACUGGAAAGGAGCUGGGUGGAUAUAGAUACCUAGAGGGAGACCCUGGGGAGGGGAGAACAGGUGAGACGGACAACUGGAAAGGAGCUGCUAGGAUAUAGAUACCUAGAGGGAGAACAGGAUGCAGGUGGGAUUCCAUCCUGUUCUGCGAUGGGAGUUUGGCUGACUGCAACUCUACUGCUGCGACAGGGUUUGGAACCCGUUACCUCAUGGAUAAAAUACUGUGGCGUGACAAUCAGGCCUUGAACAGCUGUCCUCUCUGUUUCCUCCAGGCCACUGAGACGGAGCGUAAGGUCGAGAUCUGCAGCAGAGCCUAUCACCUCCUGGUAACUCAAGUGGGCUUUGACCCUAAUGACAUCAUCUUUGACCCCAACAUCCUGACCAUCGGCACGGGCAUGGAGGAACACAGCGAGUAUGCCAUCAACUUCAUCCGAGCCACCAGGCUCAUCAAGGUAACUUGAGACCAUGACAUGUUUCUGCACAUGAGCGAUAUAAUAACCGCGAUCGAUAAAAGACAGUACUGUGCAGCCGUCUUCAUCGACCUGGCCAAGGCUUUUGACUCUGUCAAUCACCGCAUUCUUAUUGGCAGACUAAAUAGCCUUGGUUUCUCAAAUGACUGCCUCGCCUGGUUCACCAACUACUUCUCAGAUAGAGUUCAAUGUGUCAAAUCGGAGGGCCUGUUGUCUGGACCUCUGGCAGUCUCUAUGGGGGUGCCACAGGGUUCAAUUCUCGGGCCGACUCUAUUCUCUGUGUAUGUCAAUGAUGUCGCUCUUGCUGCUGGUGACUCUCAGAUCCACCUCUACGCAGACGACACCAUUUUGUAUACAUCUGGCCCUUCAUUGGACACUGUGUUAACAAACCUCCAAACGAGCUUCAAUGCCAUACAACACUCUUUCCGUGGCCUCCAACUGCUCUUAAACGCUAGUAAAACUAAAUGCAUGCUCUUCAAUCGAACGCUGCUGGCACCCGCCCGCCCGACUAGAAUCACUACUCUCGGCGGGUCGGACAACUACAAAUACCUAGGUGUCUGGUUAGACCGUAAACUCAACUUCCAGACUCACAUAAAGAAUCUCCAAUCCAAAGUUAAAUCUAGAAUCGGCUUCCUAUUUCGCAACAAAGCCUCCUUCACUCAUGCUGCCAAACAUGCCCUCAUAAAACUGACUAUCCUACCGAUCCUUGACUUCGGCGAUGUCAUUUACAAAAUAGCUUCCAACACUCUACUCAGCAAAUUGGAUGUAGUCUAUCACAGUGCCAUCCGUUUUGUCUCCAAAGCCCCAUACACUACUCACCACUGUGACCUGUACGCUCUCGUUGGCUGACCCUCACUACAUAUUUGUCGCCAAACCCACUGGCUCCAGGUCAUCUAUAAAUCACUUCUAGGGAAAUCCCCGCCUUAUCUUAGAUCAUUGGUCACCAUAGCAACACCCACCCAUAGUAUGCGUUCCAGCAGGUAUAUCUCACUGGUCAUCCCCAAAGCCAACACCUCCUUUGGCCGCCAUUCCUUCCAGUUCUCUGCUGCCAAUGACUGGAACGAACUGCAAAAAUCUCUGAAGCUGGAGACUCUUAUCUCCCUCACUAUCUUUAAGCAUCAGUUGUCAGAGCACCUUACUGAUCACUGCACCUGUACACAGCCCAUCUGUAAUUAGCCCAUCCAACUACCUCAUCCCCAUAUUGUUAUUUACAUUGUAAUUUAUUUUGCUCAUUUGCACCCCAGUAUCUCUAUUUGCACAUCAUCUUCUGCACAUCUAUCAUUCCAGUGUUAAUACUAAAUUGUAAUUAUUUUGCACUAUGGCCUAUUUAUUGCCUUACCUCCAUAACUUACUACAUUUGCACACACUGUAUAUAUAUUUUCUAUUGUGUUAUUGACUUUAUGUUUUGUUUAUUCCAUAUGUAACUCUGUGUUGUUGUUUUUAUCGCACUGCUUUGCUUUAUCUUGGCCAGGUCGCAGUUGUAAAUGAGAAUUUGUUCUCAACUGGCUUACCUGGUUAAAUAAAGGUGAAAUAAAAUAGGAGUCUUUACCUGGGGUAAGGAUCAACCUAUCAUUUUAACAGUAUAUACUAUAGUAUAUAAUAUAUAUUCUCUACAGGAGUCUUUACCUGGGGUCAGGAUCAACCUGUCCUUCUAACAGUAUUACUACAGUAUAUAAUAUAUAGUGUAUAUAUAUAUAUAUAUAUAUAUUCUCUACAGGAGUCUUUACCUGGGGUCAGGAUCAACCUGUCCUCCUAACAGUAUUGCUACAGUAUAUAUAUAUAUAUACACUGCUAAAAAACAUAAAGGGAACACUUAAACAACACAUUCUAGAUCUGAAUGAAUGAAAUAAUCUUAUGAAAUACUUUUUUCUUUACAUAGUUGAAUGUGCUGACAACAAAAUCAGACAAAAAUUAUCAAUGGAAAUCAAAUUUAUCAACCCAUGGAGGUCUGGAUUUGGAGUCACCCUCAAAAUUAAAGUGGAAAACCACACUACAGGCUGAUCCAACUUUGAUAUAAUAUCCUUAAAACAAGUCAAAAUGAGGCUCAGUAGUGUGUGUGGCCUCCACGUGCCUGUAUGACCUCCCUACAACGCCUGGGCAUGCUCCUGAUGAGGUGGCGGAUGGUCUCCUGAGGGAUCUCCUCCCAGACCUGGACUAAAGCAUCCGCCAACUCCUGGACAGUCUGUGGUGCAACGUGGCGUUGGUGGAUGGAGUGAGACAUGAUGUCCCAGAUGUGCUCAAUUGGAUUCAGGUCUGGGGAACGGGCGGGCCAGUCCAUAGCAUCAAUGCCUUCCUCUUGCAGGAACUGCUGACACACUCCAGCCACAUGAGGUCUAGCAUUGUCUUGCAUUAGGAGGAUCCCAGGGCCAACCGCACCAGCAUAUGGUCUCACAAGGGGUCUGAGGAUCUCAUCUCGGUACCUAAUGGCAGUCAGGCUACCUCUGGCGAGCACAUGGAGGGCUGUGCGGCCCCCCAAAGAAAUGCCACCCCACACCAUGACUGACCCACCGCCAAACCGGUCAUGCUGGAGGAUGUUGCAGGCAGCAGAACGUUCUCCACGGCAUCUCCAGACUCUGUCACGUCUGUCACGUGCUCAGUGUGAACCUGCUUUCAUCUGUGAAGAGCACAGGGUGCCAGUGGCGAAUUUGCCAAUCUUGGUGUUCUCUGGCAAAUGACAAACGUCCUGCACAGUGUUUGGCUGUAAGCACAACCCCCACCUGUGGACGUCGGGCCCUCAUACCACCCUCAUGGAGUCUGUUUUUGACCGUUUGAGCAGACACAUGCACAUUUGUGGCCUGCUGGAGGUCAUUUUGCAGGGCUCUGGCAGUGCUCCUCCUGCUCCUCCUUGCACAAAGGCGGAGGUAGCAGUCCUGCUGCUGGGUUGUUGCCCUCCUACGGCCUCCUCCACGUCUCCUGAUGUACUGGCCUGUCUCCUGGUAGCGCCUCCAUGCUCUGGACACUGACAGACACAGCAAACCUUCUUGCCACAGCUCGCAUUGAUGUGCCAUCCUGGACGAGCUGCACUACCUGAGCCACUUGUGUGGGUUGUAGACUCCGUCUCAUGCUACCACUAGAGUGAAAGCACCGCCAGCAUUCAAAAGUGACCAAAAUAUCAGCCAGGAAGCAUAGGAACAGAAAAGUGGUCUGUGGUCACCACCUGCAAAACCAGUCCUUUAUUGGGGGUGUCUUGCUAAUUGCCUAUAAUUUCCACCUGUUGUCUAUUCCAUUUGCACAACAGCAUGUGCAAUUUGUCAAUCAGUGUUGCUUCCUAAGUGGACAGUUUGAUUUCACAGAAGUGUGAUUGACUUGGAGUUACAUUGUGUUGUUUAAGUGUUCCCUUUAUUUUUUUGAGCAGUGUAUAUUCUCUACAGGAGUCUUUACCUGGGGUAAGGAUCAACCUGUCCUUCUAACAGUAUUACUACAGUAUAUAAUAUAUAGUAUGUACAGUGGGGAGAACAAGUAUUUGAUACACUGCCGAUUUUGUAGGUUUUCCUACUUACAAAGCAUGUAGAGGUCUAUAAUUUUUAUCAUAGGUACACUUCAACUGUGAGAGAUGGAAUCUAAAACAAAAAUCCAGAAAAUCACAUUGUAUGAUUUUUAAGUAAUUAAUUUGCAUUUUAUUGCAUGACAUAAGUAUUUGAUACAUCAGAAAAGCAGAACGUAAUAUUUGGUACAGAAACCUUUGUUUGCAAUUACAGAGAUCAUACGUUUCCUGUAGUUCUUGACCAGGUUUGCACACACUGAGGCAGGGAUUUUGGCCCACUCCUCCAUACAGACCUUCUCCAGAUCCUUCAGGUUUCGGGGCUGUCGCUGGGCAAUAAGGACUUUCAGCUCCCUCCAAAGAUUUUCUAUUGGGUUCAGGUCUGGAGACUGGCUAGGCCACUCCAGGACCUUGAGAUGCUUCUUACGGAGCCACUCAGUUGCCCUGGCUGUGUGUUUUGGGUUGUUGUCAUGCUGGAAGACCCAGCCACGACCCAUCUUCAAUGCUCUUACUGAGGGAAGGAGGUUGUUGGCCAAGAUGUCGCGAUACAUGGCCCCAUCCAUCCUCCCCUCAAUACGGUGCAGUCGUCCUGUCCCCUUUGCAGAAAAGCAUCCCCAAAUAAUUAUGUUUCCACCUCCAUGCUUCAUGGUUGGGAUGGUGUUCUUGGGGUUGUACUCAUCCUUCUUCUUCCUCCAAACACGGCGAGUGGAGUUUAGACCAAAAAGCUCUAUUUUUGUCUCAUCAGACCACAUGACCUUCUCCCAUUCCUCCUCUGGAUCAUCCAGAUGGUCAUUGGCAAACUUCAGACGGGCCUGGACAUGCGCUGGCUUGAGCAGGGGGACCUUGCGUGCACUGCAGGAUUUUAAUCCAUGACGGCGUAGUGUGUUACUAAUGGUUUUCUUUGAGACUGUGGUCCCAGCUCUCUUCAGGUCAUUGACCAGGUCCUGCCGUGUAGUUCUGGGCUGAUCCCUCACCUUCCUCAUGAUCAUUGAUGCCCCACGAGGUGAGAUCUUGCAUGGAGCCCCAGACUGAGGGUGAUUGACCGUCAUCUUGAACUUCUUCCAUUUUCUAAUAAUUGUGCCAACAGUUGUUGCCUUCUCACCAAGCUGCUUGCCUAUUGUCCUGUAGCCCAUCCCAGCCUUGUGCAGGUCUACAAUUUUAUCCCUGAUGUCCUUACACAGCUCUCUGGUCUUGGCCAUUGUGGAGAGGUUGGAGUCUGUUUGAUUGAGUGUGUGGACAGGUGUCUUUUAUACAGGUAACGAGUUCAAACAGGUGCAGUUAAUACAGGUAAUGAGUGGAGAACAGGAGGGAUUCUUAAAGAAAAACUAACAGGUCUGUGACAGCCGGAAUUCUUACUGGUUGGUAGGUGAUCAAAUACUUAUGUCAUGCAAUAAAAUGCAAAUGAAUUACUUAAAAAUCAUACAAUGUGAUUUUCUGGAUUUUUGUUUUAGAUUCCGUCUCUCACAGUUGAAGUGUACCUAUGAUAAAAAUUACAGACCUCUACAUGCUUUGUAAGUAGGAAAACCUGCAAAAUCAGCAGUGUAUCAAAUACUUGUUCUCCCCACUGUAUGUAUAUGUAUAUAUUCUCUACAGGAGUCUUUACCUGGGGUCAGGAUCAACCUAUCCUUUUAACAGUAUAUACUAUAGUAUAUAAUAUAUAUUAUCUACAGGAGUCUUUACCUGGGGUAAGGAUCAACCUAUCCUUUUAACAGUAUAUACUAUAGUGUAUAUAAUAUAUAUUCUCUACAGGAGUCUUUACCUGGGGUCAGGAUCAACCAAAUCAGUCCGAGGUAGGGGAGGGAAUGGCCGGCAGGGAUGUAGCUCAGUUGGUAGAGCAUGGUGUUUGCAACGCCAGGGUUGUGGGUUCGUUUCCCACGGGGGGCCAGUAUGAAAAAUAAAUAAUAAUGUAUGCACUCACUAACUGUAAGUCACUCUGGAUAAGAGCGUCUGCUAAAUGACUAAAAUGUAAUGACAACUUUGCACACUCUUGGCAUUUCACAUUCUUAAAAUAAAGUGGUGAUCCUAACUGACCUAAAACAGGGAAUCUUUACUAGGAUUAAAUGUCAGGAAUUGUGAAAAACUGAGUUUAAAUGUAUUUGGCUAAGGUGUAUGUAAUCUUCCGACUUCAACUGUGUAUAUAUAUUGUUCUCUACAGGAGUUGUUGCCUGGGGCCAGGAUCAGUGGAGGCCUGUCCAACCUGUCCUUCUCCUUCAGAGGCAUGGAGGUCAUCAGAGAGGCCAUGCAUGGAGCCUUCCUCUACCACGCCAUCAAGGUACAUUUUCGUCCCACAUUUAUUCACUAUAUACAUAAAUGACCUUCCCUCUACAUAAAUGACCUUCCCUCUACAUAAAUGACCUUCCCUUUGUAUGUCCCAAGAUAGAAAUGCAGACGACACAGUCUUUUAUCUCCAUACCAACCCAAAGCAACAGGAUGCUCCUACAUUUCUUACAGCAGCAGUGGACAAAAUAGCUGACUGGUUGGACUACUCAUGUCUAACAUUGAACGUAACAAAAAAAAACUGUCUGCAUGUAUUUCUCCAAGCAAGAGCCCAACAACGAGACCAACUAG